AUGUCGAACUACGAAGAUGACAUUGAACCUAUCGCCGAUCCGAUCGACGCAUCCUCGUCCACUUCUCUCGGAAAACGUCCACGCACCAACCAAGACGACUCCAACUCUGCCACUGUCGAUGCAUCGGAAGCAUACUCGCGUCUGUCACCGGAACCUGACGAGGAUCUGAACCUGGCGGAAGGCAAGCACCCGGUAUGGCUAGUCAAGAUUCCUAAGUUCCUGCUGCAGGCAUGGUCAGCGCUUCGUACGGAUGAUUUGAGAUUGGGAACGGUUCGCGUCUACGAUCCGGAUCACACGGGUCACCAACGUAUGGAGUUGUUGCUUCCGGAUCCACCAUCGCCAGCAGUACCGACCGAGCCGGGCAAACCGAAGAAUCCGAGGUGGGAUACGAUCCCGCGAGCGUACGAUCUCAAGUUGACCUCGGAUUCCGCUGCGACGUUGAAACGAAACAUUUAUGCGUUCAGAGAGAAGUUGGAGGAUGUUGAAGCUGCUGCAUCUGGGAGCCACAUGAAGAAGUCCGAAGACGAUUCGGACGAUACCGACGAUGACGGCAGUGGGCGAGCCAAAAAGCGCGGCAAAACGCGUCGGAUCACGGCGCUCUGUGGAACGGUGACAAACGAAGCAGCACUUCAACCUCAAAUCCGAACGUCGUCCAACCUCGACAUGAAACCGAGCAGCAGUAGCUCUUCAGGAAUCGGUGGAGGAGCACCCAUCUCAGACUCAUACCGCGAGCUGCUUCGACGACGUCGACUCGAAGCGUCUACACCGAAACGAACCAUCAAGAUGCUCGACUCCACCGAUACGGGACGCCACAACAUGCUCGUCGCCGGAGUCGGUGGCGGUUUGGCCAACUCACAGAAGUCGCGCUUCAAUGCGGCAAUUGCUUCCAAGCCUAGCAAGAGUGGCUCGGGUGGUGCGAGUUCAACCGAAAAGUUUGCACGUAUGCCCAAGAACGAGCUGUUGGAUAUGCUGUUCGGCCUGUUUGAAAGGUGGCAGUAUUGGUCGUUGAAAAAGUUGCGGACCGAGACGCAACAGCCGGAGAGUUAUCUAAAGGAGACACUGUUGGGCAUUGCUGAUCUGCACAAGAGAGGUCCGUACGUGGGAAACUGGAGUUUGAAGCCGGAAUACUCCAACAUGCGCAAGGAACAGGAGCAACAGCAACAGCAGCAACAGCAAGCUACUUCGAAAGCAGCAGGGGCGACACAGGCGAACAACGAGGACGAGGAGGACGAUUUCGGUGAGAACGAUGAUAGCGAUGAUGACGACGAUGACGAAGAGGAUUUUGACGAUGUAGAGUAA